AUGUUCCACAACGUUUGUACCAUGUCGAAUCUACAAACUCCCACCCGAACAAAUCGUGGCUUGAUCGUUCCCGGCAUCGACACCACAAAGUCUUCAUUGGGACACCCUUCUGGUGCUUUGUCUUAUGGAGGCUUGCAUACACCGCCUCAAUCCGCGCACGAGAGCCGUCGGCCUUCGUUACAAUAUCCAACGUCGAUGGAUCUUCCCCAUUCUGCCAACUCGUCUUCGUUCGGCUACUCACAUCCCAGCACCCCUGUUCACAUGACACACUCGAACGGUUUGUUGCCGUCCAACACGGGAUCGCUUGAAGCGCAACUGGAAUCCCUGAGCGCACCAUCCGCCGUCCGCCGCGCGAGCCACUUUACAGUGCCGAUACUGCACGCUCCUUUCGAAUUACAGCCAUCAUCCAUCGACGCAGACUACCCACAUACGACGCAACAAGGUGACCCUUCGACCUACGAGUUCGAUCUUGGCGUCGAGCUGCCAACCACUGAAGGAUGGCGGCCGUCGCAGCAAGCAAUUAACAGCUAUGGUACGCAGUCGACCUUUCUCGGACCAGCAUUGUUCCCAGCAUCGCACAGCAUGGCCCCAGACAACAGCCCGAGCCAUGCGACGUUCAACAACAUGUCAUCGUCGUUCCACGAGUCGGUCAACCCGUACGACUCGACAUACACCUCGGGGUUUCAUGAGUACAACAAUGCACAGCUAUACGCACCUGCGCCUCAAGUCGUCGUUCCGUCACAACUCUCUCCGCAUGACGACUUCGCAUCCAACAGCUGGACGGAAUACCAGCAUGCGCAACCCGACUCUGCCCUCUUAGCAAGCAGCUUCGGCUCCCUCGGACCUGAUCACCUGGACUAUGACAUGGUCGAUCCGCCUAGCCCAGUCGAAGCAUACUUCGCUCAUUCAGAAGAUGAAGAGUACAUGACGAUCAAGCCAGAGCGAAGCGUGACGCCAUCGCGACGUUCCUCCUCCCGCUGGUCCACCAUGACCAACACCACCGCCACCUCAGCUCGCUCCCGCCGUCGCGCAUCGAAAAGGCUCCGCACGGGCGCGAAGAGCAACGCAUGCCACAGCCACUACUCGCAGAACUUUAACUGCAUCGUGCAAUACGAAGGCAGCGGCUUCAAGAUCGACGAACACGGCUCGGUCACGGUUGACGUCGCAAUGUCGAAGAAACCGCAUCAUUGCCAACAUGUUGACUCCGACGGCAAGCGCUGUACCGGGAAGUUCGAACGCAGCGAGCAUUUGAAACGGCAUAUGGGGAAGCACUCGGAUGAGAGGAAAUACCCGUGUCCGCUGCCGCGUUGUCACAAGGCGAUUCAGCGACCGGACAACGCCACGGAUCAUUUCAAAACACACCUGCGUCCGAAGGGCAAGGGCAAACGGAACGAGCAUUUCGGCUGGGAGACGCUCGAGAACGCCAUUUUGACGGAGUACAGCGACCUCAAACAGUGCACGAAGCUACUGACGAAUUUACGACGAUGGGUCACGAACGGGAUGCCGGAGGCUUCCAGCUCGCGGAAGUGA